CUUGUUAACGUGACGUGUGGAACGCAUCACCGCAGCUGUUCUCAGCGUCACCGUGAGAGGAGACCGAGGAGAUAGUCUGGUACCGUUACCGGGCCGGGAUACCGUUAGUAAAGAAUCAUUUCCUUCCAGUUUAACGGAACAAAGCCUGGGUACCGGUUAUCAUGGGAAAUAUCCCUUGCCAGCGCGGGAACAUCGGCCACGAAGAACACAGCUCAUGUUUUGACGUAAAUCAGGGAAUAUAACUGCUGACGGCGAAAACACAACACCACUCUCUCUCCAUCUCCUCCAUUUUGGUUGUCAGUGAUGGAGCACAUCCGGACGCCCAAGGUGGAAAAUGUGCGUCUCCUCGACCGGUCGUCAGGACAGAGAAAGGCCAGCAUUGGGACUCUCUACCUCUCUGCCACGCACACCAUCUUUGUAGAGAACAACCCAGAGACACGCAAGGAGUCUUGGGUGUUGCACAGUAUGGUGAGCAGUGUGGAGAGGACCCCCACCAUCCCCGCAGGAAGUCAGGUGAUCCUGCGAUGUAAAGACUUCCGGGUCUUCCAGAUCCUUGUUCCACAGGAGAGAGACUGUUUGGAUGUCCACACCUCAUUGGUCAGAUUGUCACGACCAGAGAAGUACAGUGAGCUGUACUGCCUGUCCUUUAACCCCAAUGUGAAUAAAGAGGAGAGGCAGGAGUCGUGGAGCUUCAUGGACCUGACGGCUGACUACAAGAGGAUGGGACUUCCUAACAACCUGUGGGUUUCUACAGCGGCCAACAGUGAAUACAGGGUGUGUGAAACGUACCCAUCCGAGCUGUUUGUUCCAAAGUCGGCCACACCCCCCAUCAUUGUGGGUAGUGCCAGGUUCAGGAGCCGAGGACGAUUUCCUGCUCUAUCCUACUUCCACCAAGACACUCUGGCCGCAGUGUGUCGAUGCAGCCAGCCUCUGUCCGGCUUCAGCGGCCGCUGUCAGGAGGAUGAGGCCAUGCUGCAGGCCCUGAUGAAGGCCAACCCAGGAAGUGACUACAUCUAUGUGGUGGACACCAGGCCCAAGUUGAAUGCCAUGGCAAAUCGCGCUGCAGGUAAAGGCUACGAGAAUGAAGACCACUACACUAACAUCAAGCUGCACUUCAUCGGCAUUGAAAAUAUUCACGUGAUGAGGAGCAGCCAGCAGAAGAUCAUCGACGUGGGUGAGAUGCGAUUUCCAUCCAUGACUGACUUCCUGUAUGGUCUGGAGAACUCUGGUUGGCUCAAACAUAUUAAAGCGAUCCUGGAUGCGGGUCUCUUCAUAGCCAGGGCCGUGGCUGAUGAAGGAAUCAGUGUGUUGGUGCACUGCUCAGACGGCUGGGACCGCACCGCCCAGGCCUGCUCUGUGGCCAGUAUACUGCUGGACCCUUACUACAGGACCAUCAGAGGCCUCAUGGUGCUGAUAGAGAGGGACUGGGUUUCCUUCGGACACAAGUUCUCCCACAGGUACGGCCACCUGGACGGAGAUCCUAAAGAAGUGUCUCCUGUCAUUGAUCAGUUUGUGGAGUGUGUGUGGCAGCUGUCCGAGCAGUUCCCCUGUGCCUUCGAGUUCAACGAGCGCUUCCUCGUCGCCAUACACACACACAUCUACUCCUGUCAGUACGGGACCUUCUUGGGCAACUGCCAGAAGGAGCGCAGGGAUAUGAGGCUUGGAGAGCGGACUCACUCCGUUUGGCCCGAGCUGUGGAAGGAGCGGGCCCAGUACACCAACCCUCUGUACCGGGCUGAGCAGAGCCAGAGCCAGGGGGUCCUGAGGCCCAACACCACCCCCUACUGCUUCAAGAUGUGGAAGGGUCUCUAUAACCACGCAGAGAAAUCCACGCCUCCUCGUCAGUCACCUGCUGACUUCCUGUCUACUGUGAGGGAAGAGUCCCAGCAGCUGGAGGAGGAGCUGGCCAAUCAGCAGGAGGUACCGCCGGGAGGAACCCCCCACCAUCACCUGGGCUUCAGACAAGAGGAUAGCAGCCCUGACCGGGGAGCCAAUCACGUGGGAGAAGGUUCUGAGGAGGAGGACUAGCCGCCCACGGCCCCCCCACUGCGGGCCGGACCCGCCGUGUUUUAUACAGACCCAACCAGCAGCCCUGCACAGGAGCCCCCCCCCACCCCGCAGGAUCUCCCUCUGCAGCAGACCUGGGGUCGGGAGUCGCCGUCUUCUUCACUGCUGCCUGAGAGGACAGAGACCCUGGUGCCUGGCUGGAGGGGGGACUUUUCUUACGGUAGUUCCUUAAAUGAUUGAGUCCAGCUGGUGGGGGGGGCAGAAUGUGACGAGUUAAACUAGUUAAACAUGGCUGCUGACAGCUGGAUUGAUGUCUCGUCUUCAAACUGUAGUUGGUGUCUUUAGAGUCUCAGUGAGUUAGACACUGUCUGACCGAGGCACUGGAGACAUUUCUUCUGACUGUUUUAAUUUAUUUUUUUCUUGCUAGCCAGAAAGGCUGUUUUUUAUUUCUGUCAUUUGUACUUUUUUUAAAGGAAUCAACAUUACUGCUGUGAGUUGGAUAGAUGUGACAUGAGUCCAGACUGAACCAGUCCGAAGAACACAUAGGAGAACAAACAUGAACUUGGGUCAUUUUAAGGGCGUCAUUUCAACAAAUACAUCCUUUGCUAUAUGACAGAUUUACUGAAUGAUUUAUUAUCAUUGUUUGUGUGUGUGUGUGUGUGUGUGUGUGUGUGUGUGUGUGUGUGUGUGUGUGUGUGUGUGUGUG